AUGAGAGCUGAGUGUGGUCUGGGGCUGGAGGAUCUAUUGGAGCGAUUGAAGAGAGAAGAGGUUCCUACUGUGGCUUUGUCGAUGGUUUUGAGGCCGCCGAACCCCACAGUGGGUGAUGGCCGACCUCUUAUCCUUGAGGGCCUCGGCAAGGAGAAACUCCCGCGGGUGUUCGUCAGUGUCGACAUGAGGAUUAUCCGACCGAGCGUUGAGGAGGUCGGCUCUGACGAGCUCACAAGGUUUGCGGACUCAAUGAAGCAUAUCAGCUGGGUAGUUGGUCGUGGCAAGGCUUCUGUGCUGAGGGAAGAGACUGUGUCUUUGAGUGAACGCAAGAGGAGAGAGGAGGUCGACAUGGAGAUGGACGCCGAGGGGAUGCGCAAAAUUUGGGAGAAGUGCCGCCUGUCGCGAUAA